GCGUCAGGCCCCACCCAGCGCGCUACUAAAGGCGCCCGGCAGGCCUUGAGUUUCGCCGGACUGCAGGCGAACCGAGACCCUGUUUUCAGGGCCGGGCUGCGCCCCUCCGUCCGUUCUAACUCUGGUCCGGGCGCAAGGGGCUGAGUCUGCAGCCCUCAGGGACAGUCGCGCUCCCCCGCCGUUCCCUGUCCCAGCCCCGCGCCCGGCCGGAGGAGCAGCGCCGCGAGCCCGGAGCCUGCAGUGGCCGGCCGAAGUCGAGGUGCGCGUCUCGGCCCCAAGCUCCUGGGUGCAGAUCCCCGGCUGGGGCGGCCGAAGCUCGGGCCUGGUUCUGCGUCGGCGGAGCGGCCCCGGCGGCCCGGGCCCCACCGGAGGAAGAAUCCAGCGGAGCCGACGGUCGACGCGGAGCUUAGGAGGACGCCGCGCCCCAAGCCCGGGUGGGGAAACGGAGGUGUUUGUCGGACCCCAGAGACACAGGCUCCGAGCCUGACACCCCUGAGAGAGGUGGGCUGAUUCACCAAGGCACACCCAGACUCUGCAGGUACCCAGGCUCAGAUGCUGCCCACCCAGCGAUGCACUGCCCCAGACUAGCCCUGGGCCUGGGGUUCUGCCUGCUGGUGGGCAUGGCCCUCUGCUGUCUGUGGGUGUAUGUCGAGAACUGGCUGUUGGUCUCCUAUGUCCCCUAUUAUCUCCCCUGCCCAGAGAUCUUCAACAUGAAGCUGCAGUACAAGGGAGAGAAGCCAUUCCAGCCUGUGACAUCGUCACAGUACCCUCAGCCCAAGCUGCUGGAGCAAAAGCCCACAGAGCUCCUGACGCUGACACCCUGGUUAGCGCCCAUUGUCUCCGAGGGAACCUUCGACCCCGAGCUUCUGCAUCAUAUCUACCAGCCGCUGAACCUGACCGUCGGGGUCACGGUGUUUGCUGUGGGGAAGUACACCCAGUUCGUCCAGCGCUUCCUGGAGUCAGCCGAGCAGUUCUUCAUGCAGGGGUUCCGGGUGCGCUACUACGUCUUCACUAACGACCCCACGGCCGUUCCUCGGAUCCAGCUGGGCUCCGGCCGCCUCGUCAGCAUCAUCCCCAUCCAGAGGCACGCCCGCUGGGAGGAGAUCUCCACACGCCGGAUGGAGACCAUCAGCCAGCACAUUGCCGAGAGGGCGCACCGAGAGAUCGACUACCUCUUCUGCCUCGAUGUGGACAUGGUGUUCCGGAACCCGUGGGGCCCCGAGACCUUGGGGGACCUGGUAGCUGCCAUUCACCCCGGCUAUUUUGCUGUUCCCCGCCAGCAGUUCCCCUACGAGCGCCGGCCUCUUUCCACCGCCUUUGUGGCGGAUGGUGAGGGGGACUUCUAUUAUGGCGGGGCGGUCUUUGGGGGGCGGGUGGCCAGGGUGUACGAGUUUACCAGGGGCUGCCACAUGGGCAUCCUGGCAGACAAGGCCAACGGCAUCAUGGCAGCCUGGCAGGAGGAGAGUCACCUGAACCGCCGCUUCAUCUCACGUAAGCCCUCCAAAGUGCUGUCCCCUGAGUACCUCUGGGAUGACAGGAAGCCCCGGCCUCCCAGCCUGAAGCUGAUCCGCUUUUCUACCCUGGACAAGGACACCGACUGGCUGAGAAGCUGAUGGCUGAGCCGGGGCUGCCGCGGAUAGGGGGGACCCCAGGGAGCGCCCAGCUCACCAGAGCCUCCUUGCACCGGUGCCUCACUUCUCAAGCCUUAAGUGAGACCAGCCCUGUGCUGUCUACCUCUCAAUCUGCCGGAAGAACCCAAUGGGAAGAUGGGCCUGUAAAGGCCUGCGUCCACUGUGAAGGGUGGUGCGCAUAUGAGGAGAACGCCAAGAUCACACAGCCUGUGGCCCGAGAACGGCAGGACAGGAGGAGGGGAGACCAAAGGUGGAAAAAGACAGGGCCCGGCAGGCCUCACCCAGCACACGUGCCUUGGGGCGGGCUCUGGAGUCGCAGCCCUGCCCAGUAUCUCAAAUUAUCCCUCUGCCCGCCUUCUGUUGCCUGUUGCCCUUAAAGUUGCACUUCUAAUACUCGUGUGAAAGGCAUCCCGCACCCCUUUUCUCUGGCUGCAAGGGUCCUGGGUACUGUGAUGUCCCCCAGCCACACGGAGCCAAUUCCUCGCUCAGGACCCUGAGUGAGCCUUUGAAGUCGACCAGGUCUAGGCUCUCCCUGGUUUCAUGUCCCACCUCCCUUGAGGUGCACCACACUCCCUGGCACCAGCCGCCUCCUUUGUAAGAGGGUUUGGGCAGUUUUUAAUAAAGGUGGCAUGUGCUUGGCCCUAACCGGGGUUUCUUCACCUGCAC